UAUAUCUAUCAGAUUAGAGGAGAGAUGUAGAGGAAACGUUUAGCUUAAAGUAAUCAUUUUAGACUUUCCGUAAAACAACAUUUUUUGGCGAAAAUAAAAAUCAAUUGUUACUUUUCAACCGUUGCUGUUAUUGAAUAUAUAAAAUUUGUCUUCUAUUUUACAUAUCUCGACCGUGCUUCUGUAAAACACAUUUUAGAUACAAACUAUAAUCACACACAAAAUUAUCUUGAUUGUGUAAUCUUUUCAUUGCAAAAGGAGUUGGAUAUCAAAUAUGGAUAAACAAUUUGUAAUACCUAUUCUACUUGGCAUAUCUUUAUCAACUGUCAGUUGUGUAUCUCUGUCAAUGUUGCUCUAUUCUAUGUUUCGAAAGGAUGAUGAAACCAAAGAUGAUAGUGAUGAACAGACAAUAUUAUCUAGUAGCAUUACAGCACAUUAUGAAGUGCCUAAGGAACUUAUAUCUGCUAUAAUUGGUAUAGAUGGUGUAAUAAAACGUGCCAUAGAAAUUGAAAGUGGCACGCAUAUUCAUUUUGAUAAAAAAGAUGGAUCUCCAGAUUAUAUCUGCAUCGUAAAGGGUAAUGAAGCAGAUGGCAUUCGUUUAGCAGAGUUAUUGAUUAAAAAUACACUAGAAAUUCAACCUAUCAUUCAUGCUUAUGAAUUGAUAGAGUUAAAUAGAGUUUGUAAAAAGAUUGGACUUUUAAAUAAAUUUAGAAAUAAGGAUAUUGUACAGCAAAUACAAAAAUCUUCUGGUGCAACAAUCAUAUUGGACUAUGCUGCUUAUAAAAUUGAAGGUAGAUGGAGAAGCAAAAUAAAAAUAACAGGAAAUCUCAAUCAAAUAGGAUAUGCAAUUAAUCAAUUAGAAGAUAAAUUUUACGAAGUAAAAUAUCAAGCUCAUAUGAAACAUAAACGAGAAGCAAAUAUAAGAAUGCUUACAUCAUCCGUUAAUAAAAAUAUUGAAAAUGAAAUAGAAGAUAAAAUAGAAGAUAAAAUAGAAGGUAAAAUAGAUGAUGAAACAAAUGACGAAACAGAUGACGAAACAUAUAAUGUAUUAUAUGAUGAAUUAAAUGAUAAAAGAAAAAAUAAAAUAGAUGAUUUAGAGAAUAAAAUAAGGGUUCAAAUAGAUGAUGAAAUCGAUAAUGCAAUAGAUGAUGAUUUUUUACAAGAGACUGGUAUUUCUAAGAUUACUUCAUCUUCUGUACCGUAUAAAGUAUGGGAAGAAUUCAUAGAAAAAAGUGGAAAAACUAUAGAGCAGAUAAAAAAAGAUUUUAGAGAUGUAGAAAUUAUAAUUAAGGAAGAUCCUAUAUCUCCAGACAAUAAUAAAGUAGUGAUAAAAGGUUAUCUUGUACCAGUAGAAAAAAUCUUUAUGCAGAUAAUACAUAAGAUGAAAGGUUUAGAAAAAGAAGAAAUAUUCAACUCAAAUAUUCAAAAUAUAACAGAUAACCUUAAAGGAGAUCUUAGGCUUUUUUUAAUUUAUAAACCUUCUGUACCACAUAAAGUAUGGGAAAAAUUCAUAGAAAAAAGUGGAAAAACUAUAGAGCAAUUAAAACAAGAUUUUGGAGAUGUAGAAAUUAUAAUUGAGGAAGAUCCUAUAUCUCUAGACAAUAAUAAAGUAACGUUACAAGGAUAUCUUACAGCAGUAACAGAAGCCAUGAGGCAGAUAAGAGAUAAGGUUAAAGGUCUAGACCAAAAAAAGUCCGAUCAGGUUAUUUCAAAGGUUUUUUUACAAAUAGACCAAAAAAGAAUAGAAGUAUUCGUAUCUGCGGUGGAAACACCACAUAAAUUUUGGAUUCAAAAGAUUGGCCCUGGAAACGCAGCUUUAAAUAACUUAGUGUCUGAAAUGACAAAGUAUUACAAUGAAGCGGAAAAUCGUGUACUUCAUAAGAAAAAGAUAAAAUUAUAUCAAAUAGUAGCAGCCAAAUUCAGUCAUGACAACAAAUGGUAUCGCGCGCAAGUGUUGAGCUUAGGAAACUUUGAUUGUAAAGUCUUCUAUGUGGAUUAUGGAAAUGUUGAAACCAUUCCCAUAAAUGACGUGUUGGAGCUGCGUACGGAUAUGUUGUGCUUAGAAUUGCAAGCCAUCGAGUGUUCAUUGGCAAAUAUAGAGCCACGAGAAAACGAGUGGACUGCCGAAGCUUGGCUCAAAUUUGCUGAUCUCACUCACGUGAGACAGGAGAAACCUCUCAUCGCUAGAAUUGAACAAUAUAUAUAUCCGAGAUCCAAAUUACCCGAUUCCGAUAAUACCAAAUCUUACUAUUUCUGCAGAUCGGUUCCUUUGCUCGAGCUUUACGAGAAGACUGACGAUAAGAUCAUUAAUAUUAGAAAAACUCUGAUACAUUUAGAAUUAGCCAAGAAGAAGAAGGUUCUGAACCAUACCAAUUUAUUAUAAAGAUAAAUGUGAUAUUCAAUCCGUUUCAUCUUCUUAGAUGGCUGAAAAUGAUUCGAAUAUUCGUGAUGAAGCCGAUUCCUCAAUCUGUAGAAACAAUUGAUUGUUCUCAGCUUUUCUAAAAUACUAGUUUUAGCAUUCAAUUCAUGAUAAAUUUUUACUAAAGUUUCCUUUU